CUCGUUAGUCAAAACCCUAUUUCCGGUAACCGCCAAGCCGGCUUUAUUUGCUCCUGAGUUAUUCGUGAUUUAAGAUCAAAAAUGCCUCGCAUAGAUAAUGAUAUCAAGCUAGACUUCAAAGAUGUAUUAGUUAGACCUAAAAGGUCAACUUUAAAAAGCAGAUCAGAGGUAGACCUAACAAGAUCCUUUAUCUUCCGUAACUCAGGACAGACUUAUGAUGGCAUCCCCCUUAUGGCAGCUAAUAUGGACACGACAGGCACAUUUGAGAUGGCCUGCGCUAUGGGAAAGCACCAAUGUUUCACAACCAUACACAAGCAUUACUCUUUAGAAGCAUGGAAAGAAUUUGCCAAAGAAAAUCCCACAGUCUUACCACAUGUAGCAGCCAGUUCAGGUACAGGUAAAGGAGAUCUCGAAAAAUUAAAGGCUAUUAUGGAUGCAGUCCCAGAAGUUAAGUUCAUCUGUCUCGAUGUUGCAAAUGGAUAUUCGGAACAUUUUGUACAUUUCCUCAGAGAUGUGAGGAAUGAGUUCCCUAAGCAUACAAUAAUGGCUGGGAAUGUAGUGACGGGAGAGAUGGUUGAGGAGUUGAUCUUGUCUGGUGCUGACAUCAUUAAGGUUGGAAUAGGACCUGGGUCUGUAUGUACAACUCGCAAGAAGACAGGUGUUGGCUACCCCCAGCUGAGUGCAGUAAUAGAGUGCGCUGAUGCCGCUCAUGGUCUUGGGGGACAUAUUAUUUCAGAUGGUGGCUGCACAUGUCCAGGAGACGUUGCAAAGGCAUUUGGUGCUGGGGCUGACUAUGUUAUGUUAGGAGGAAUGUUUGCUGGACAUACAGAAUCAGGGGGUGAGCUUAUUGAAAGGAAUGGCAAGAAAUUAAAGCAGUUCUAUGGUAUGAGCUCUGCGGUCGCUAUGAAGAAAUAUGCUGGCGGUGUUGCCGAGUACAGAGCCUCCGAAGGAAAGGUUGUAGAGAUACCUUAUAAGGGAGAUGUAGAAGGUACCAUCCUAGACAUUCUCGGAGGAAUACGCUCAUGCUGCACUUAUGUUGGGGCAGGCAAGUUGAAGGAACUCAGCAGGCGGACAACAUUCAUACGGGUCACUCAGCAGCUCAAUGAAGUCUUCACUCCACAUAAUAAGGACUAAAAUUAGGAUAUUGUAGAAUAUUGAGCCAGUAUGAUCAAUGAACAUGUUUACAACUUCUGGAGGUUAAAUUUUUCUUCUUUUCCAGCCAUUUGUAUAUUCCUGGUUUAUGUAGUGUAUCCAUUCCCAAUAUUUCUGAUGCAUGUGUUCAUUUAUUACAGAAUAUUGUAACUCAGAGUCAGUAUUAUUCAAUGAUUCAAGUCAAAUACA